ACACAAUCACCAAACAAAUCAUGUCCGAAACAGCAGUCCUUCCUCCCAAGCAGACAGUAUACUGCGGAGUACUGUGAAUUCGGCGGCACAACAAAGAAGUGUGAAGAAUGGCUUGAAUCUAAGCACCCCGAGCUACACAACAAGCUCUACUCUGAAGCAGCAAACCUCUCCACCCUCUCCGUCGACGCCCAAAAACGCGCCGAAAAAGACGCAAAGAAAAAAGAAGCAAAAGCCUCCGCCGCAGAAGCCCGCCGCGCCGAAGAACUCGCAACCUCAAAGAUCAUCAUCAAGCGCGUAGAACGCAACAAACGCAAACACGUCACCGAAGUUAGCGGCUUGGAAGCCUUUGGCCUAGACAUCAAGAAAGUAGCAAAAGAGCUAGGCAAGAAGUUUGCGACUGGAAGUUCUGCUACGAAAAUGCCGGGUGGUGUGGGAGAGGUUAUCACCGUACAGGGAGAUUUGAGUGAGGAUAUUUUGGAGUGGUUGUGUGAUAAGUAUGAACAAGUGCCUGAGGAUAAUGUUGAGUUGGUGGAGGAUAAGAAGAAGAAGAACAAGGCUGAGCCGCCUAUGGUUGCGCCUCAGUAG